GGUGUCAAUGUACUAUCCACCGCUUCACCGGGCCGCUGCAUAUGGCUACACAAGUCAUGUACUGCACUUGUACUGCACUGCACAUGUACAUGUACAUAAUAAUCUCACGCUACAGCGCUAUAUACUUCUCCCGAUCAACGCAUCAUGUACCAUGGUAUGGCUACCAACCGUGAAAAUCCCAAUACUUGGUAAUGGAUGUGCUGUUCUUGCUUUUAUCUUUCAUUAUAAUUCCAUCAUGUAGCAAUCAGUUUUUAGCAGGACAAGCUAUCGAGGGAUCGCUGCGACUCGUCGAUGGCCUUACAUCCAACGAGGGGCGUGUAGAAAUCUACAAGAAUGGUGAAUGGGGAACAAUAUGUGACGAUAGUUGGGAUAUAUCUGACGCCAAAGUGGUGUGUCGUCAGUUGGGUAACCCGGGAGCGGAGUUGGCAUUCACAAGGUCGCUGUUUGGCGGAGGAGUCGGCAGGAUCUGGAUGAGGGAGGUACAGUGCAGUGGCACAGAGAAGUUGCUCUCGGAAUGUUCCUUUAGUGAUUAUGACAUAUGUGACCAUUCAGAGGAUGCAGGAGUCAGGUGCCUGGUUGAUGCUGAACCGGCUGAGGGAGACCUACGUUUGAUGGAUGGCAAUGAAACUAACCAAGGACGCCUAGAGGUUUUCUACCAUGCCGAAUGGGGCACGGUGUGUGGCAAGAAAUGGGGACUAGCAGAAACCAAAGCAGCCUGCAGACAGCUUGGAUUCAAAGGAGGAGCCUCCUUCAGCACUGGAACUGGAUUUGGAGAUGGAAGUGGCCGAGGGUGGCUGGAUCCUGUCGUGUGCAAAGGCAACGAGAAUCGCCUGGAGGAAUGUUCCAGAAGUGAAUGGGUUUCAUCCGAAUGCAGCAAUGAUAAGAAUAUCGGUGUGGUGUGUCUACAUACAGAAGAUGGAGAUUCGCGCCUCGCGGACGGGAGCAGCCAAGCCCAUGGGCGAGUGGAGGUGUAUUACCAGGGUAUCUGGGGCACUGUUUGCAACAGCAGAUGGACCAAGGAUGAAGCUGACGUAGUGUGCAUGGGUUUGGGGUACGACGAUGCAGCCAGGACCAGCGUCCUCAAUGUCCCUGGUGGAAGCGGGAUGAUCCUCCUGGAUGAUGUGAACUGCAUCGGCUUGGGGCGAUCACUGCGAUCUUGCAAGUCUCGAGGAUGGGGUGUUCAUGACAACUGCACUCACGAUGAUGACAUCGCUAUUAAAUGCAGAAACAAGGGACCUCUGUCCUGGAUACAAAUAACUGGCAUAGUUCUCGGUUGUCUAAGCGUUGUUAUAGCCGUUUGUAAAUGUUGUCUAAGGUGUCUCUUAAAUGGAAGCUCAAAUGCCACAACUGUUGUGGAAUCGACGCCGGAAGGAACAACGCAAGACGGAGAAGAACCUGCUGCCGGUGAACCACUGAAUCCAAAGUCGGAUACUUAUGGAGAAAAGGUGUCACCGCCAUCUUACGAUGAUAUUGGACAGUUUCCAACAAAACCACAAGGAGAUACCUCUGUGUGAAGAUAUUAGACAACUGUAGAUUACCACUGUGAAGAAAGUGUACUUUUCGAACCUGAAAUUAUGAUAACAUUAUCUCCGACAGAAAAAAAGCCUCGACAGCUGAUUUAAAAGAAAAAGUUUACAUCUUCUAGUAACCUAGACAUAUAAUCUCCGCAUGCUAUCCCACUGCCCCAAAAUGGAACAGCCAAUUCGCUAAGGUAGGGUUUGUGUGGAAUGGCAAAAUUUAUCGUUGUUGUAGCAUGACAUCGCCUUCGUGAAACAAGUCCAAGUUAAUAAGUUCACUAUGUAUACAGUGAAAGUGCAAAAUGGGUUUAACGAGCGCUUUUCUUUUUCAUGUUUUCGCUUAGCAGGCAGAGCUGAUAAAACCUUAAUUUUGUUUGUGGAGUAUUACUGAUGAAGACGUGAUAAGAGCUUGGUCUGCCGUGCUUAAAAACCCCUCAUUACAACAGGCCGCCUGUGGGAGAAACGAAUUUGGAGUGCGUCGCUAAUUUUACACGACACUCGGCAAGCCAGUUGUUACUUUGAAUACGAAGAGCGUAUUCUACAUCGCCUUGAGUUGCGAUUACAGCCUGCCCUCUUCACGGUGAACGACUGUGAUCUAAGAACCUUGUUCAACACUGAACAACAUGCCUCAUCGAUGGGGAGACUCUUGCCCAGCUUGUUUAAAUCUUGCCGGAAAUUAAUUCCUUUUUUUUAGUUUCUCAAAUUCCAAUAAUAACUUAUGAGUUAUUUAGGCGGAGAGUUAGCAGAUUAUGUAUAGUAUAACAUAGACGGAGAACAAGAAGGGGUGAGAAAUGUUCACAAAGUCUUUUUUCAGAGACACACACCUUACUUAGGUAGGUAAUAAUCAAGCAACCAACUGUGUGUUUAAAGCACAAAUUCGGAUGGCAAAUAUUGUAUGAUCGAAGGUCCUGACCAAUGCAAUGUCUUUGAAGAUUUUUUUUUUCUGUAUUUUGCCAUUCAAUUGUCAAAUUCAAAUUGAAUAAUUUCUUCCGUUUGAUGUAUACACAGCGGCUGAAAUUCCCCUUUUUUACUGGGAUGAAUAAAAACAAUAACAAAAACACAAUACCGUAUGAUUGUUUUAAUGUUGAAUUCAUAAGGUGUAGUAUGAAAUGCUUGAAUAGAGAAAAUCAGACAGUCACAGCACUGAUAUUUCCAUCAAUAUUCGAUAUGAAACAAAGGAGUUUUGGCAAUGUCAUUUGGGUAAUUUUCACAAAACAUUCAAAUUCACAUCCUGGUUAGUAUGCAAAGCAGGGAGUCGGUUAUGUCUCUCACACUCGUGAAUUCUCUUGCAUAUUUUAUCUGGAAUACCAAAUAUUUCAAUUUUCAUAGAUUUGAUGAUCAAGAAGACCUCCAUCAAGUCACAAAAUGAAUUUAAAAAAAUGAAUUUAAAGACUGAAUUGCAUGUUCGAUGAGGAGUUAAACUAGAAUUUACAUCAUUGGAAGAAGAUUUUUAUUCGAGAAUUACGUUAGUGGUUUUCAUAUUUGCACGUCUCCAUUGACGUGCAUAUCAUUGUUUUCCGAAAAAUAAGCAACACUUUUAAAUUCUCAUAACUUUCUUAUUUUUGCAUCUGUUAUCGUUUAUAUUUUCAGUGUUUUGCUUGAUUAUAUUAAGAUAUAUUUAUCAUCAGUUAUUUGAUGGGUAAAACUUGAUCUUUAACUCCUCAAAAAGCUUUGAGCACCGGAAUCGAUAGACUACCUUAGCCGGGGUAAUAGAGUUCAUUGAGCACCAAAAAGGUGGAUGUGUGGCCUACAUUGUUAUAUUUUCAAGGAAAGAGCGGGAGAAGGCUAUGUAACAUGGUCUCUCAUUUGGAAAAUGGUUCUCUUAAUUAUGGUUUGUUAGUUUUUAGUGCCUACACGAACAUGCCUACCCCAAAAUUGACCUUAUAUACUUUUUACAACUAAACAACUGUUUGACGGAUCAACGCCAGAUUCGAUGCAUGUAGCGAGUUAAGGCGAUGAUCUACUUUGCGUGGAUUGUAAUUGAUUUAAUUGAAUAUUGGGGAUAAACCGAUGUAAAACAAUGUUAU